AUGGAGGUAGACGACGAAGCGCUGGAGGCACAACUGCUUCGUCUUUGCAGUUGUGGAGAUACUGCGGCUGCAGCACGGCUUCUCUGCUCGGCGCCUGCCGAUGUGCUGCCGGACGCCCUUGAGCUUCGUGACCAAGACAAGCGGACACCUUUGCUUGCAGCUGGUGCUGCAGGCUCGCUGGACCUGGUGAAACUGCUGCUGGAAGCUGGUGCAGAUGGAGAGGCAUCCGACUCGGAUGGCUGCGGCUUGGCGCUCCUGGCUGCUUCCUCAGGAGAUCCCGAGCUCCUGGCAUGGCUGAUUCAUCGAGGCCUGGCCGACUUGACUGAAAGCGCACAUGAUGGAAGCACUGCGCUACUUUGCGCUGCUAGCAACGAGGCAGGAGCUGUGGAGAUGCUCCAUUUUUUGCUCGAUGGACCUCCAGGAGCCCUGGUCGUGCCGUCUUUGGAGGAGCAGGACGAGCGAGGCGCCAAUGCGCUGCUAGUUGCUGCGGAGGCAGGGGCGGUGCCUGCAGCGCAGGUGCUGUUGGCACGUGGGGCGUCACCGGAGAGUCGUGACGCACGUGGAUCUUGCGCGCUGCACUAUGCAGCUGCUGGUGGAUCCAACAGCAUGGUUGACUUUUGCGUCAAAUCGUUGAAAAUCCCCGUGGACGUCGUGGACAGCGAUGGAGACACACCGCUCAUGAUUGCAGCGCACGAAGGCAAUGUCGAGGUGGUGCGCUGGCUGCUGGCAGCGGGUGCCUCCCUCGAGCAUCGCAAUGCGGAAGGAAUGUCGCCCUUGAUGGCCGCAGCUGCUGGGGAGCGAAGUGAGGUGUUGUCGUUGAUGUCGCAAGUCGCGGGAGAGGCAGUCGCCAACUUGUGGCUUCAGGACGUGCAGCAUCAUCCAAAGCUCCUGCUAAAUUUCUUGGAGUGUGGGCUCUGA